CGACCAACUUCACCACCACCUCUUGCGAGACACGCAAUCCUCGCGUUCCGGCCUGCUCGAAUACUCCCCUUAUCGUACCAUCUUCCUCUAGUACUGCAGCAAGGGCGGUCUUCGAUCAUCGCAGGUAGCCAUGUCCUAUCCCAAUGGCUUUGAAGAUGCUCCGACAUACCUCUCGGGUCACAUGGCUGACGUCGUGCUGUCCGAGUUUCGUCCCACGCGCAUAAAGCCAGACGCACUCCGCUGUGUGAACGUCCUCCUCGACGAGCUCCUCUGGAGCAUUAUCAAGUCCGCCCGCAGUGUCAACACGGACAAGCUCAAGCAGGAUGGGGUGCUGAGGGUCAUUCCUGCAGCACUGGGGAAAGAGUCAGUGCUGGAGGCUGAGAUGGAGCUGAGGGAGUACUGGAAGACGAGUGGAGACAGCAGGGAGGCAUACAAGGAUAUGAGGGAGAACCCGGCCCAGUUCCCUAUCGCACAAGUGUUCGAUGUCCUUCGGCUCAAAUGCGAAGCGAACUCGUCACUAGGCCAAGCGGAGGAAGAAGACAAUCUCGCUGUGGAGAAAGCAGAGCAGAGGCUUUAUCAGGCACGCGAAGCUCCACCUAUCGAGGCAUUUGCCCCUGCCUCCUUGUAUCUUACGGCCAUUAUUGAGCAUAUAUGCGGGCACAUCAUGUCGUGUGUGAGUAGGGUGGUGGCUAGGGACAGCAGCAAGACGUCAGCGAGCAUUUCGGACCUAUAUGCGGCGCUCUGUGAGGACCAAUCGCUGUACAACAUGGCCAAGGGUAUGAACUCCUUCCAAAACAUCGAAGCCCAGCAUCGUUCCACCCGCGUGCAGCGUAAAGGCUCACUUACGGGGUCGCUCGUCUCUGCCCGCUCCCGUGCUGCUGCUGCUUCCCCUCGUCCUGGGUAUGAACCCCCCUCCUCGAGCCCAACGAAUACGUCGAAUCGGACUUCUGGAGAUUCUUCCUCGCAUAGUGGUGUCAUGCCAAUGCUGCAGACACAGGUCCAGCCUGGCCCAUCGCCCAUACGUUCGCCAAGUGAUAGGAAGAAAGUGCCGGUCAUUUACCCUCAGAUUGUUUCCAGCACUGUAUCGGCCACGAACGGCCGCCCGAGCAUGUCUGUAGAGCAUGGCGCCUCCCCAGUUGCUCAGCAGUCAUACCAAGCUCAGCAGCCACACCGCCGCUCCCACUCGGGUAUGAGUGAGCAUGGCCAGCGAGGCGGCGGCUUUCCUUUCCAAACUGAUCCGAAUAUGACAUCCGUCGAUGACGGUGAGGGAUCUGAAUUUGAAGAACUCAUGAGGACUGGUUCGACGAUGAAGGUUUCACUUACCCCUGAUCGUCUGCGUACUUUUGAGGUAUUCGCCAAAGAUCGCAACCAACGUGCUACCACCCGAGUGGUUACUACCCAACCAGCAGGUCAGCCUCCUGAGAGUGGCCCGUUCACUGCUCCAGUACAACAGCCAGCUUUGCCCAGCUCGCUCUCCAACUCUUAUGGCGGACGUCCUGGUUCGCGUCCGUCGACCGGAGGCCGAUCGGGUUCCCCUGUCAAUGACGGAUACAUGACUGACAGCGCUGUCGGCUCCCGGCGGCCCAAUUCCCGCCAGACCAGCAGAACCCGGUUGGAGGCGAUCCCUCAGUUGCCGGGCCAGCGGACUGUGCAAGCCCUCCAACUGGACGAGUACGGAGGAAGACAGCCGGCACAAGGUCCAUGGGGGCAACCGCCUUCUGCACCCGCGCCGGUGUCUAUGCCUGCUCCUACACCCGCGCCGGCACCGGCGCCUGUUCCCCAGCCACAGGUGCAGCCACCCCGCCCCAGGCCGGUGGAGAGAGUAGCCAUACCUCCUCGUCAGCAGCCUCCGUUCUUGGAUGGGCCCCCAAGGAAGCAGAAUUAUAGCCCUGGUAACAUUGCUCCGUUGUAUGAGGAGACCGACAGCUUGGCAGAGUUGGACGAGCGGCCCAAGCCUAAAUCAAUUGUUUCCCCCACCUCCCCGACUUCGGAUGGACCACCAACUCGUGUCUCCAAGUCCGCGCGUGAUCUUAUUGCCUUCCUCGACGAGGGUCCGCCGGAAGAGCCGCCUCACCUUUCACGCUCUACGAGUGCCGCAGCAGGCCUGGACAACAACAACCCUGGGCUGAAGAAGUCGGCUAGCAGGGGCUUCAUGAACUCGCUCAAAGGCUUCGGCCGCAGUGGUGCGGCUGACAAGGCCUCCCGUAGCGGCAGCGUGGGUGGAACUGAAGAAUACAACUCACUUCGCGGCCUCGUGCGUCGGCAGAAAUCUUCUCACACGCUGGCGAGCACUGCCAUGAAUAGCAGCACGGUGAACAUCCCGCCUCCAUCCCCCGUCAGGCCAGUUCCGGUUCGUAUUGUGUUGGACUCGAAGGACUCGAUUCCUGGCAUGAGUUCCAGAUACAGGGAUAACAGCGUUGGUAACGGCCAGCGUCCGACACCGCCUGUGUUGCACAGGGACGUACCUGCUCAGGACGUGCAUGCUGCCGCUCUGCCAACACCGCCUGCCUCGCACGAGUCACCGCCUAUGCGCACUUUUGCGGCUUAUCCGCCUGGCGGCAGUCCGCGACCACCUGUACCGCCGCAGCAACGCAAGAUUACUCCUAUCAAUACUGCACCCAACUCUCCGCUGUCUGGUAAUGAUGAGUACAACACCGCACCUUACAACACUUACACCAGAGUCGCCAUCGACAAGGUUGCGGAGCAGCCCAUCGUCGUGCACUCACCACAGAAUGGCACACCAAACGGUGCACCAAUUUCGAUUCCAGCUUCGUCAGAAGAGCAGCUCGCUUUGCUACAGAAGCUCGUCCAGGCAUCGGGCAGUAUCGAAGAAUGCCGUCUGCUCGUCGACAGUUUCAUGGCGCAGCGUGGUGUGAAAACUGAUGGUGCUGCUUCCCUUGCCCCACCUCCCACGGCUUCUAUGCCAGGCACACCGGUCAGCGUCAGCAAGCCGCUCCCACCCGAUCCAGAGGAAGAAAACAAGGAGAAAGCUGCCGUGGACUGGCUUUUGUCUGGUGACACCGAGUACAGCGCGGCUGGUGAGAAGGUCACUCACAAGCUUGCUCGUCCCAAGUCCAGAGAUCGCGCCAUGGGCGAUCGCAAGAAGUCCCGUGAGCGCAUGCGGACGACCUCUCAGCACAAAACACUCGUAGCUCCGGCUUGAGAUACGCAGCACUCCAGUAAUCAAUCCCCCUUACGAACCCCAACCCGGUCUUGUGGAUAACGUAAUAUACCAUAUCCUUGCUCUCUCGCGACCCACCUUCGUUACGAUCAUACGAUCAUAUGUCUCUCUCUGCUUCAACCACACCCCGCCUGAAUUGUAUAUUUGGACACGAUACAGACCCGAUUCCAGCUGGACGGCUAGAGGGUAUAUAUUGGAGCGGAGGAGUUUGGUAAAAUCAAAUGUCCAGGUUGGAUUAUUUUUGGUGUGCUUUUUCGCUUGCCUUGCGCUCACUCGGAUUCUUCAUCUCGAUUUCGUUCGUUAUUCACUUCCUAUGCCCUUCUUAUCCUUGUUUCUCCUUGUUCUUCACUAUUAGUCGGAAAUGUCGGUGGUAUAGCGGUUCUGUAUGGGAAUGCUAAUGUGGUGGAAUACGUAAU